AGUCUGUGUUCCAGUCAGGUCCUUUAAUAUGAAGAAGCUUUUGAUCAUCGUAGCCCUCACGGGACUCUUAUCUUCUGGAGCCGAGAGCUUUAAGGUUUCACAGAAGGACUAUGAGAACAUUGAUCAAAUGUUGGAAUUUGGGGUUCAGGUUUUCUUGAACUGUUUGGACAAAGUUAAAGAGGCCACUGAGAAAAUGAUAAAACAUGAUAUGAUAAGAACAAACAGGAUUGCGAUUCAAAAUAACUGGAAUUCCUUCAAAGAGACAGCGAAUAAAAUCAGUGUUGAGGAAAGAGGUAAAGAUGUCCAGGAUGAUUUAGUUGUAGCAGCACGCACUGUUCGAAGGCUGGUUCUCUUCUACAAGGAUGAUGUCAAAAACAUGAUCCAUUCAUUUGCAACAGAGAGGAAUGUCCCGAUAUACCAACCAGUUUUGAUCCUGUUCAAAGGAACGAUUGAAAAAGCCAAAGUGAAUGAGGCCUGGGGCAUUUUAGCUACAAACUAUUUUCCUGAUGCUCCACCAAUUCAAAGUGAACCCCUGGAGUUUCUCUGUUACCUGCUCUCCACUAACGUGAUGGAAACAGUCAUCGUGAAUGUUCUUAAGUAUGGUGUGGAUCUGAUGACUGAAAUGAAAAAGAUUGAUUUAGAUCAACUCUCUGAAAGGGUGUUUACCGCCAUGGAAAAUUUCUCUGAGAAGUACGAAGAAAUUAAGAGACUUGAGCGUGAGAAAGAAAAUGAUACAUUAGUUGUGCUAGUAAGUUCUUUGACUAGAACGGUCGUUUUUUACUGGGAUCGAUUUCUGAACUCUACAGAUACACCUUUAUUGGAGACACAGUAUGAAGACAUUAAAAGGAAACUUUCUGAGCAGAAUCUGGGGGAAACAAUAGAAGAACUCCUAAAACCAAUUACUGAAUCGGAUACAAUAAAAGAUGUUGUACGACUUCACGUUGAAUUCUAUGAUGAAUUUUAUCAGGCUUUUGCCUGGAGCACAAUUUAUUUUGCUUAUGGAGAAUCCGACAGGAUCACGAGGACUCUUUGGACUGGGUUCAUGUCUGCUGUUGUUAAUUCAUACCCCAUUUAUGAAAAAUUGAGUGAAAUGGGUGUGUUUUCUACGAUGAAAAAACAGUACUUAAGAGCUGUGGAUGUUGCUGUUGCUCUGGCAGGCACUGAAGAGUUUCAGGCUUUUAGAGAGGAGUAUUUUGAAAAAUGGAAGUCAUUCAGAGAGGAACUCAACAGACUUGCUAGUGAAGAGAGAAGGAAACCAAGUUAUGUAUUUCCACAAAUACGAGCUUCUAUUCGAAUGUUCCUGAACAAAUCUGAAGAAAUGGUCAACAAAAUCAACGCAGAAAUCGAUGAUAACACAUUAACAUCCCUGACAAUAAACUGGGCUUAUACAAAAACCAACUGCAUCGAUAAACUACUGAACAAAGGAGCCAUUACAAAGGAUCAAAUGGAUGAAGCUGACAGAAUCUUUAUGGAUGGUAUUAGGGGGUUUUGUGGCAAAUAUGAAGAGCUGACUGAAGGAAUGGAUAAAGAGAAAGUUGAAGAUACAUUUAAGGCUCUGCUCAAGGUGGUGAUGGUGGGACUUAACUUCAUAUAUUCUUCACUGACUCAGACUUGGGACUUUGUUGCCAUCUGAUCAAUCGGACAGGAAACGUUCAUUCUAAAUAAUUGCUUGUUUUACUUGUUGAACAAUAAAAAACUGUAUUUGUCA